ACCUUCACCUCGGUUCGGUAAAUACAUUGAUCAGCCAAUGGCGACAUGUUAGACUUUUCCUUUAAUUCUGAAGAAGUGCUAACGGGGGAGGAGGGGGCGGUCACCUGGGCUUUAAGGGAAAGGUGACUAUUAGGACAUUGUGUGUGUUUGCAGCCGGGUUAGGGAUCAGUGAGCUUCCGGCAGUGUCGGUGGACGGCGGAGAGGAAGGAGCUGGGAAGAUGUUGUCGCAACGUAUAAUCUGCCUCCUCAGUGCCGUCAUAGUCGUGUACUGUCAGGGAGAGAAGGGCACCUGCCCAGAAGUAAAAGUCCUAGAAGUUGGCGAUUCCAAUAAGAUGGUCGUCCUACAAGGAUGUCCUGGACCUGAGGGAAUUGCGGGAAUUAAGGGACCACCAGGACCCAUUGGACCCAAAGGAGAUCGAGGGUUUGAUGGGCUCUCAGGACUACCGGGAACGAGAGGUGAAAAGGGGGAUCCUGGAGAUCCGGGAGAACCUGGACCCCCAGGACCACAAGGAGUAAGAGGACGACCAGGAGUGUCGGGAAUACCAGGUGGCAAGGGUGACAAGGGCGUCUCAUGUCCGAAGGAGUUUACUGGUGCCAGGAGCUGUAAAGAGCUUAAGGACAUUGGUUUUCACCUGACCGGAUGGUAUACGAUAUACCCUGAUGGCAGGCGGCCAUUGGCAGUUCUGUGUGACAUGGAUACAGACGGGGGAGGAUGGAUUGUGUUUCAGAGACGUGUGGAUGGUUCAGUGGACUUCAAUCGUGGCUGGAGCAGCUACCAGCAGGGCUUCGGGAGUCAGCUGAGCGAAUUCUGGCUCGGGAAUGAACAUCUGCAUCGCCUCACAAACUCAGGAUCGUAUCAACUUCGCUUUGACCUAGAAGACUUUGAAGGCAACCGGACCUAUGCCACAUACAGUGACUUCAAAAUUGGGAUGGAGUCCGACCAAUAUAUCCUGCAGUAUGGCUCAUUCAUUGGAGGAACGGCAGGUAAUUCCUUAGUAACACAGAAGGAUCAAGCCUUCUCCACCAAAGACCGCAACAACGACAAGUCUAAUAGAGCGGAACAAAGCUGCGCCGAAUACUUUAAAGGAGGAUGGUGGUUUGAAUCCUGUCAUCUCUCCCACCUGAAUGGGGAAUACAUAAAGGGAUUGCAUUUAGUCAAGGGCAAAGGGCUCAUCUGGUACAGUUUCAGGGGCAACUUUUACUCCCUAAAGUCCUCCGAAAUUAAGUUUCGCCCUGUUAAAAUUUAGAUGGGCCCCGGCCUGGGAAGGGCGGUCAGAUUCCUGUAUUGUCAGAUUAGUUAUUAGUGAGUACAUGGCAGUAUCAUAGCCCCUAUUCUAUAUGUCAGUGUUUUCCAACCUGUUUGCAAAACUACAACUCCCAGCAUGCCCAGACAGCCUAGAGUCCUGUGCUGAACUUACUAGAAAUCUGGGUUUUGCACUCCCUAUCCUGGGAAUUGAAGUGGAAUAAGACUGUCUUUAGCAAUCAUUGGCUAAAGACUAUUUUGCAACAGCUGGAGGCACACUGGUUGGGAAAAACUUCAUAAGCCUAGGCCAGUAGUUUUUUAACCAGAGCGCCUUCAGCUGUUGCAAAAACUACAACUCCCAGCAUGCCCAGACAGCCUUCGGCUGUCCGGGCAUGCUGGAAGUUGUAGUUUUGCAAUGGCUGGAGGCGCCCUGGUUGAGAUACACUACUGUAUGUGCUUUGUGUUCCUCUCCAUUAGAUUCAGCUAGUGAGACUGACACA